AUGAACGAGAAACUUGGGAAGCCCUGGCGAGAUGCCUUCGCCACCUGUCGCCGCGUUGAAGCUACUGUCGCUGAGGAUGGGUUCCUAGGGCACGUGCGGCUGUCUGGUGGGCGGGCCUUCACUGUCCCUCCUAACAGCGAGCUGCUUGUGUGGGGUAAAACCCGGAUGGGCCCUGACGGCGCAGACUACUGUGCCCUGGUCGAGGCACUGCCAAAUGCUGGCGAAGUGGGUGUGGCCCGAACCAUCGGAGUGCACCUAGAUGAGGUGAAAUAUUUGCAGCAGCUGGAGGAGGAGGUCGACCACUUGGAUCAGCAACUUGAGCAACACAAGGCGAUGGUGAGAGCUCCUUUAGCCAAUUUUGCAUUGGAGAUUCACGGGGCUCGGGUGAUGACUGCUGAGACUUCCAAGACUCACGAGCAGAAAAAUGGCCCGCCUUGGCUCAAACCUCUCGGUCCAGACACUGUGUUCAAAGGUCAUAAUUACCCUUUGAUUCCUGGACAGUGCUGGGCGUUCACAGGUCAGACUGGGAGGCUUUCCAUAGCUCUACCUCUGGAGAUCCACAUCACCAAAGUGACUGUAGGACACAUUCUGAAGGAGCAGUCUCUUACAGGAACAAUACAGUCGGCUCCAAAGUCUUUCUCUGUGUACGGACUGAAGGACUUUGGACCAACAGAGGUAAGACUUGGAACGUUUCUCUACGACGCAGACGGGGACUCGUUCCAAACAUUUGACAUCCUGGAGCAACAAGGCCCAGUGGACGCUGCCUUCAACUGUCCCCAGCUCCCCUGCACCCACAGCCCCCACCAUACGGACUCCUCCAGCAGCUGUCCCACCCCUGACAGUAGUGGCUCAAGGACUUGUGUGGUUCUAACAGCACCGAUGGCGAGCUGGUGUGUGCGUGCAGUCAGACAGAGCUGCUCUCUCGUAGCCUCGCCUGCGUUUGCCCGAGCAUCUCCACGGUUGUUAUGCACAGCAACGCAGCAGAAGAGCGGAGAAGAGGAGGCCGCAGAGCAGAGCGCCGCUGACAAGGCCCUGCAGGAGGAGAAGGGCAAACUGGAGGAACAGCUCAAAAAGAUGACCGAGAAAUAUACGCGAGCUUUAGCAGAUACUGAAAACCUGAGGACGAGGAGUCAGAAGAUGAUAGAAGACGCUAAAAUAUACGGGAUCCAGGGCUUCUGUAAGGACCUGCUGGAGGUGGCCGACAUCCUGGAGAAGGCCACCGAGAGCGUGCCCAAGGAGGAGGUGACGGCGCAGAACCCUCACCUGAAGAACCUGUACGACGGCCUGGUGAUGACCGAGGUGCAGAUCCAGAAAGUCUUCACCAAACACGGCCUGGUCAAGAUCAACCCCGACGGACUCAAGUUCGACCCGUACGAGCACGAGGCCCUGUUCCACGCGCCGAUGGAGGGCAAGCAGCCGGGGAGCGUCGCCAUCGUCACCAAAGUGGGCUACAAGCUGCACGGGCGCACGCUCCGGCCGGCGCUCGUGGGCGUGGCCAAGUAG